AUGAUAUAUUUAUCGUCAUUAAAUGAUAACACUCAAACCGGAUCAUCACCUCCAAUAUCAAUCGUUCCAUCAUCCUCAACCGCUUUAUGUCAAACUGCAACAGCAGGUCGUUGUGUAUCUUGCAUGAUUCCCAUUACCGAUCAACAUUUCCUUUUAAUGAACGAACAAAGUUGGCACCAUGAAUGUCUACGUUGCUUCCUAUGUCAUUGCUCAUUACAGAGCGCAUCCACUUGUUACUACAAAGAUGGAAUGGUACUCUGUCGUGAUGAUUAUCUCACUAAAUACGGUAAACGUUGUGAACGAUGUGCUGCCAUAUUAUGUAACGAUGAUAUUGUCAUGCGAGCCAAUGAAGCAAUUUUUCAUUUGAAAUGUUUCACGUGUUGCAUUUGUUCUGCGCCACUUCGUCCGAGUGAAUUAUUUAUGAUGGGAUGUAAGGGGACAUUGUAUUGUCACGCGCAUUUUGGUGCAAUCAAUCCUACUGAUGACAAUUCUUUGCGAACCACCGAUUUAUCUGACAUUGUAUUGGUACGAGGAAAAGAACGCUACCGAAAGUGGAAAAAAUCAAAUGAUGACAUCGAGAGUACUGUAGAUAGUAUUGAUUGCGCUGAAGAAGAAACGCUAAGUAUAACGCAUAAAUCAAAACGAAUGCGUACCAGUUUCAAGCAUCAUCAACUAAGGACAAUGAAAAGUUAUUUCAAUUUGAAUCAUAAUCCGGAUGCUAAAGACUUGAAACAAUUGGCACAAAGAACUGGUCUUACUAAGAGGGUUUUACAGGUCUGGUUUCAAAAUGCUCGGGCAAAAUUUCGUCGUAAUAGUACACAAUGUCGUGAAGCUUCUAGCAACUCACCUCACAUACUAUCCCUUCCAAGUACUUCGUUUCAUGAACCGAUAACACGCGACUCAACAGGUGAUUCUAUGGAAGAAUCGUGGCGAGCAUCAGUAAGUCCAGAAGAAGGCAAUCAACGAGAUGAACAAUCCGGUAGCUCGAACGAUGAUAAUGAUUUAAAUAAUGGUAAAACGGAAACUGAAACAAGCGGCUGUAUCAGUUCACCUGAGAAAUCAUUGGCUGAAUAUUUUGAAACGGAUCCAACAUUGCUUUAA